GCGCGCGGUGCUGAGCUGAACAGCGCCGUUAUCCUCCACCUGCAGGUUGGGCGCGAGACAAGCCAGGACGAGGCUCGCUCGCUCUCUCUCUCUCUCUCUUUCUGUUUCGCUGUGUAUCUGUAUGUCUCUCGCCCUCUCGCGCGCUCUCUCUUUUCCAACGGUCGCCGGUCGUUCAAACAGGGGUUGUGCUGACUGAAGGCUGAAGUCUGAGGGGAAAAACCCGGAGAAACCCGGUAAAAACGGAGAGAAAUUAGCGGAGGAGGAACAGGCGGUCGCCUAGACGAGGAAAAAGAGUAUUUAACGCUAAAAAACACAAAAUGAAGAAGGUUUUGAUCGUUAUUCUGGCGUGCGCGUUGGCUUUGGAGACCUCGGUGGGGAGUCCUGGAGGUCCGACUGUGGAUCCGUGCAGACCUGGAUUCUCCCAGAGCUUCUACACCGUCUUUGUCUCACGGGAGAUGCUGCGCGGCCAAAGCAUUCUCAAAGAUACUCCGCUGUCCUCAGGUGGAGUCAAGUUCGAGGUCUGCCACCUGACCGAGAGAAUCAGCUUCGAGAGCAGUGACCCAAAGUUCGGCAUCCGGCCGGACGGCUCCCUGUACGCACAGCGAGAGGUCACCAACCUGUCAGAGCCCAUCCAGUUCAUGGUGACGGCUCAAGGGAGCAAGGACACACACAUCUGGGAGACUACGGUCAAACUGGCCCUCGCGGGACACACUCUUCCUCCCCCUAUGAGUCAGAUGGUUGGGGAGGCAGCUUUCCACCCAAGAUCUCACCACAACCACUACCCCAAUCCAAGAGUCAUCACUUUCCCACGGCGACACCAGCGAAGCUCCUCCACCAAUGGCCUCCGCCGGCAGAAAAGAGACUGGGUCAUUCCACCAAUCAACGUGCCUGAAAACUCCAGAGGGCCUUUCCCCCAAAUGCUUGUCAGGAUCCGUUCAGACCAGGAUAAGGAGAUUGAGAUCAGGUACAGCAUUACAGGAGCCGGCGCUGACCAGCCCCCAGGCGACGUCUACAUCAUCGACCCCGUUACUGGGAAAAUGUCUGUCACCAAGCCUCUGGACAGAGAAGACCGAGCUUCUUACCAUCUGAGGGCUCAUGCAGUGGACGUCAAUGGAAAUCAAAUGGAGCCUCCCAUUGAUCUGUACAUCUAUGUUAUUGACAUGAACGACAACAGGCCCGAGUUUAAGAACCAGGUCUACAAUGGAUCAGUUCCUGAAGGCUCCAAACCAGGAACGUCAGUGAUGCGCGUGACUGCGUUCGACGCUGACGACAGCACCAUGCCCAACGGCCUGGUUCACUACCGCAUCCUGAAUCAAAGCCCCCACAUCCCUAUUCCCAACAUGUUCACAAUCAACGGAGGCACAGGGGAGAUCAGCACCAUCGCAGCGGGCCUGGACAGAGAGAAAGUGUCUCAGUACACGCUCAUAGUGCAGGCCACGGACAUGGAGGGCAGUCUGAAUUUCGGCCUGUCCAACACAGCGACUGCUCUGAUCACCGUCACCGACAUCAACGACAAUCCACCAGAACUCGACUCCAAAACAUUCCUGGGGGAGGUUCCUGAGAAUGCGGUGGGAGUGAUCGUGGCUAAUCUGACAGUGCGGGACAGAGACCAGCCUCACACACCCAACUGGAACGCUGUGUACAGGAUAGUGGGCGGAGACUCCAUGGGUCACUUUACUAUUCGCACUGAUGAGGUCACCAAUGACGGCAGGGUUACUGUGGUCAAGCCAGUGGACUAUGAGAGAAAUGGAGCAUUCAUGUUGACGGUGGUGGUCUCCAACCAAGCCCAUCUUUCCAGCGGCAUCCCGUCGUCUCUCUCCUCCACUGCGGGGGUCACCAUCUCUGUUCUGGACGUGAACGAAGCCCCCGUCUUUCCCUCCAACCCCAAAAUGAUUCGCUUUGAGGAGGGGGUUCCUGCAGACACCACCCUCACUAUAUUCGCCGCCCUGGAUCCAGAUCGCUUCAUCCAGCAGACUGUCAGGUACUCUAAGCUGUCUGACCCAGGAAACUGGCUCCGAAUCAACAGAACCAAUGGUCAGAUCACCACUACAGCCAUACUCGACCGGGAGUCACCUUAUGUGAAGAAUAACGUGUAUGAAGCAACCUUUCUGGCUGUAGACAAUGGGUCUCCUCCUGCGACAGGAACAGGCACUCUACAGAUCUAUCUGAUAGAUGUAAAUGAUAACGUACCGGUGUUGGUGCCCAGGGAGGCUCAGCUGUGCGAGAGGUUGCGGCCGAACUCCAGGAUCAACGUCACUGCCUCCGACGCAGACUCUGAACCCAACGCCGGGCCAUACGUCUUCGAGCUGCCUUCUUUCCCUCCUUCCGUCCGCCGCAACUGGACCGUCGCUCGGCUGAACGGUGAGUACGCCCAACUGAAGCUACGAAUCCCCUACCUGGAGGCAGGCAUGUAUCGAGUGCCCAUCCUAGUGUCUGACUCAGGGAACCCUCCUCUGACCAACCGCUCCAUGAUCAGGGUAAAAGUGUGUCCCUGUGAUGAUCACGGAGACUGCACUGCGAUCGGAGCUGUGGCUUCAGCCAGCCUGGGGACAGGGGCCAUUAUAGCCAUCCUCAUCUGCAUCAUCAUACUGCUCAGCAUGGUGCUGCUCUUCGUUGUGUGGAUGAAGCGCAGAGAGAAAGAGCGUCAGACCAAGCCCCUGCUGAUCGACCCAGAGGACGACGUGAGGGACAAUAUACUGAAAUACGAUGAGGAAGGAGGAGGAGAGGAAGACCAGGACUAUGACCUGAGCCAGCUGCAGCAGCCCGAGACGCUGGACCACAUGAUGAGCAAGCCAGCGGGAGUGAGGAGAGUGGAUGAGAGGCCCAUCAUCCCCGAGUCUCAGUACCCCAUUCGACCCACUCUACCACACCCUGGAGACAUCGGAGAAUUUAUUAUUGAUGGUCUAAGAGCAGCAGAUAAUGACCCAACGGCUCCCCCGUACGACUCCCUGCUGGUGUUCGACUACGAGGGCAGUGGCUCCACAGCCGGCUCCGUCAGUUCACUCAACUCCUCCAGCUCCGGAGAGCAGGACUACGACUACCUCAAUGACUGGGGGCCGCGCUUCAAAAAACUAGCCGACCUCUACGGCGGUGGCGAGGAAGACUGAGGGCGGAGCACUCUGGAGACGGGCGGGGCUGGGGGCGGGACUUAAAGGAGCAGAGACAUACCUCGGUUUGGACAUUGAAGCGAACAGUGAAGAGCCAUAAAAAUCCGAGCGUACUGUCGAGCACCCCUGUGGAGACUGUCUGCUGUGAGCCAGAGGGAGUUAGGAAGUUGGAGCCUGCUCCAGACCUUUACUGCAAAACUGCGAGUGUGUUUUUCCUCCGUCGUUUGAUUUCUCUGCUGUGGCACGUUCUUCUACGUUAUUUUCUCAGAUUUAGAUUUUUCCGUUUUUCAGGCAGCGUAGGGACGAGCGCUGGUAUGAGUGAGAGACUCCAAGGACUCUAUUUGCGCUCUCUCUCUCUUCUGCAGCCUCUUCUUCGCUCUUUCACUCAAGAGUGGUAUGAAUCCACCGACUCUCGUUUCUUUCUCUCUUGACUUGAAUUUGAUUAGAAACAGAAGCACUGUCAUUGAUCAAGUGCCUUUUGUGGUGUGUUUUUGUACUGGACUCCUCCUCAGGGUCAGUUGCCAUUUUAAAGUCCUUUGUCGUCGCGCGGCACGCUCCCUCGUUCCCUCAGCCCCUCUCCUUCCAUACACGCUUUACUUUCAUCCGCCUUUGAUGGUGCAGAAGAAAAAAAUAAAUAAAACUUCAACACUGGGAAAAAAGGAAACAAACAGAAACAAACAAGUACGUGGCUUGACGGAUUCUCUGGAAGCUGAAUUACGGGUGGCAGGCAGUCGCCACUCGUCUAGAAUCCCAAACCUACGGUCUUAAUUACCAGACCAAACAAUUACCCAAGCGACAACCACAGCUAAUGAAGUGUGACAGCUUUUAAAAAUGAACAUUUUUAAGAACAAAAAAGGAAAAGAAAAAAAAAACGAACAAAAAGAAAAAACAAAAAGAAAUAAAUGGAGAAUGCCUUUUCGCUUGGACACUUGCCUGCCUUGUUUUGUGUUGCUUUCCGAUUUGUAGAGGUAAUCUCUGCAUGGCGGAGCAGACGUAGAGAGACCUGCUGAACAAAGCACCGGCUGAACAAAGACGGGGCUGUGAGGACGACGUCACAGAGGAACGCUUAUUUCGCUCAUUUCGUCUGGAACAUUCCCCCUUUUUUAGGUUUAUAGGUUGAUUAGACUAUUAUACAUGCAUGAUUUUUCUCAAAGCAGUGUCUCGAAUCAAUCGCACUUGUUCCUUGUGGUCAGAAUGUGAAAAAAAGUAGUUGGCGAAGAAUAUACAAUAUACAAAACAAGUAUAACCUGUAAAGAACUACAAAAAAAGAAAAAAAAAAGACUCGGAAAAUGAGAAAACGCUGUAAAAUACAUAUUUUUUUUAAGUAUUACCUGAAACAUUUGCUGCUCUCAAGGUCCUUACUGGGCUAAAUGGUACUGUUUUGGCCCGGUGGUUUUAAGUGUGUCUGUAUGUAUGUACGUUCGUACGUAUGUAUGUGUGUGUGUGUGUAUGUUUGUAUGCGUGUGUAUGUAUGUAUGCGUGUGCAUAUAUGUACGGUACAUGCGCAUAUGUAUCCUGUGUUCUGUAGGAAUUUUUAAAUUCUCUUUUUCUAUUCUCCUCUGUUUUUCUCAGUUCUGAUUUUCUUGAUUAGUUUCUAUGUUUCAGUCCGAGCUUUGAUACCGUGUUCUUUUGAUAUGAGCAGUGUGCUCGGUUCUGUCAUGCUGAGAAAAGCCUGUCCUCUGUGUCCUGUCCCGGAGUCUGGGAACGACCGGCGGCUGCGGAGGACUUUACCACCAUGCCUGCUUCAAACAUUCAGUGUUUCUGAGUUACUCUUUCAUUCAUCUGAACAACUACUGGAUUUGUGCUUUAGAAAAUAAACAAGAACUGUUUUGCAAA